AUAAAUUGUGGUGAAGUCUUUCUUCAUUUUAAUCAAGUGCAAAUUAUUUAAUUUCUACGUAGCUUAUUUUAUAUGUUAUUCACCCUUUAAUGCAAUGUAGGUAUAUGCUGUAGUAAGGCCAACAUGCCCCGAGAUAUUUUAAGUGAUAGUUUAGCAGUCUUGAGGAUAGUUGAGCAUGAAGAUGAAGAGAACUGGCCGCUUGAGAACAAGCCAUCCUGCAAACAAAGUAAUAAGAAAUCAUCUAACAUUCCUCUAAACAGCCAGACAAGCUUAACUAAGGAUGACUGUGCAUGUUACUACAACUAUGGUCAUGGCGAAAACGGGAAUGGCAGACAACACGACCCAGUUUACCAGUACAAGACCAGUAGCCUCCCACCAGCGUCUUCUAUCAACCAAUCCUGGGACGAGAUAGUGUGUUCAGCUCUCCGAAUAACUCCUGAAGAUAUAGCAAACCAGCUGACUUUGCUUGACUUGCCUUGCUUCAAAUCUAUAAGGCCAGAGGAAUUGACUACCUGUGGAUGGAAUAAGCUGAAUAAGUUGACGGUGGCUCCUAAUGUGGUGGCGUUUACCAAAAGAUUUAAUAGGGUCAGUUUUUGGACAGUACAAGAAAUAUUAAAUGGCCAGUCACCAAAAGCAAGAGCAGAAAUUUUGGCACAUUUUAUCAAAGUUGGGAAGAAAUUGCACGAAUUGAAUAAUUUGCACUCUCUUUUUGCUGUUAUUUCGGCGUUGCACAGCGCCAGUAUUUAUAGGUUGACAAAAACAUGGGCGUGCUUGUCCAAAAAGGAUAAACAGCAGUUCGACAAACUUGCGGAACUCUUUGGUGAGAAGGACAACUGGACGGCCCUCAGAGAAUAUUUGAGAUGCAUCGCUUUGCCUUGUAUACCUUAUCUUGGUAUAUUUCUGACGGAUCUUGUAUACAUAGACAUAGCUCAUCCCCCGGAUUCGCCUCACCGGGUCGCCAAAAUGGCCGUCGUAUUGAAAGCCCUGGAAAAGUACCAGACAUCAGAGUAUGAAAUCCCGCCCCUACCUUCUGUGGCUAAUUACUUGAACAGCGUGCGUUAUAUUGAAGAGCUGCAGAAAUUUCUGGAAGAUGACCAGUAUAAGCUAUCUCUAAAACUUGAGCCUCCAUCUCCGGUGGGCAGUUGCGCUGGCUCCAAAGAGUCGGUCAAAGAAGUGAUAGUUCCUGGAGGCUCGAGUACGGCCAACACAUCGCCUUCACACAAGAUCGGCUCCGGGUCCCUUCGUCUCCAAGGAUCCUGUCACCAGGGAAAGUUCAUACCAACACAUCGGAAGUGCCGGUCCCUCGGCUCCAACAUAUUUGGAAAAAGUCAUACGGACGAUAAAAUGGAAAAUAAGACGCCUGCAGGAUCUGUAAAUUUGCUAGACGACACCUUGCUUGAAUCUCCCAGUUCCGUCUCAGGCGGAAAGAUGUCUCAGUCACUGCCGCACAGCGAUAUAAAGGCGGAUAUUAUUCAAUGCGACUUCCAAGGCUUCGUGAGAAGAAAGACGAUUUUGAAAGACGGGAGGAAGAUAUCUUUAUCAUCAUGGCAGAGGUACUGGUUACAGCUGUCGGGAAACAUCCUCAUUUUUUACGCUUCCAAAUCAUUUAAAGGGACAAGUCGCAGUGAUUUCCGCGAAGAGAAAUGCAAGGUGCUGUGUUUAGUCGGAUGGUUCGCGAAGCUAGCGGACGGGGACAGUGCCGAUGCCUUCCAACUGGUCAACCAUCACACUGGCACACUGUACAAGUUUAAGGCCGCCUCAGAAACAGCAGCGAAGAUGUGGGUGAGAGUAAUAGAAGAUCUGACAACUAAAAUGGUAAAACCAUUGCCGGCCAAUCUCAUGUCUUUCGAAUAAGCAGUGUAACCACCAAGUUUUGGUCAAUGUACUCACCAUCACUUUAUUCAAGUAUCGUAUUAUAUUACUACGUAAGUAACGCCUUUUUUGAACAAAAUAUACUUUAAGCUUAUAAUUAUGUGUGCGUAAUUAAGAGUUAUCGUUAAUAAUUUUUGUACUCAUCCGAAUAUGACACCAUUAUUGUACUUGAUAGGAUUGUUGCUUGUCAGUCGUUCUAAGAGUUCCGUAUGUCCAACAUAUGUCCGUCCGGAUAGUGCUCACAGUAUCUGACGUGUGAUCUUAUUGUGACUGAUUGAUUAGUCCCAGCCUGAAAGCCGAAGUGGGAGGCAAUAGGCCGCAAUUAGCGUGAAAGCCGACCUCUUGUGUUCAGUCCAUGUGAUGCUCGUGAACACCAACUACGAAAACUAAGUACCGAUCGGAGCAUUGCAAUUGCUCCGAACAUUUACCGAUUAAAGAACGGAACUUUACAGAGACGUGGUGUAAACGCUUUUCGCGGUACUUAUUUAUACCGAUUCUGUGUGAAAAGAUUAUUAUACAAAGCUUCCAAUAUUUACUAUGCAAGUGCGUAGUUCAUUUGUUCUGCCUUAGAGACGUUAUCGUACAAACCUAGUGUUGCUUUUUUGUAUAAACAUUUAUAUUUUAGGCGUACAGAAUAUUGUAAAAAUAGUUAAAGUUUUAUUUGGCAGCCAAAUUGAUUUAAAUUUUUUGGUUCCAAUCAGAAUAUGCAAAUAUUACGUAUUUACAAUUUUAACAAAUAUGGAACACGUUUAAUAAAUAAACAUAUCAUAGAUUAUGAUACACUAUUUUUUUUAUAUAACUUACACCAUUUGUUUGUUUGGUACAUUUGGUUUAUUAACGAACAAAAAAUAUUGCUGUUUUAGGUAGCUAGAUGGCUUUUCGUUCAUUUUGUAAAAAUAUGAAAAUUAUUUUAUUAAGACUGUCCUACGAUACUAACACCAUUUUUUUAAAUAUAUAAGUUUUAAUCCGUACAUAAAAUACUCUAGAAGCGAUAAGUUAUUUUACGAAGAAGUUUUUAUAAAACAUGGAAGAUUAGUGUGAUAUUGCUUGAGGCUUUUUACUUGCCAAUGAGCAUCCCUUUACCAAAUUAUUUUAUAUUCUUGCCAGUGCACUCCGCGCUAUUUGGCAUGACAGUAUGCCUACCAGCUCAGUUGUGUCGAAAACUAGAGGAAUUCGGUUAAAUAGUAACAAAAAUAAAUACCGUCUUACCACAAAAACUUUUUAACGUCAGUUUAAGCCUUGUCUAAAAAAAUGUCAAAUUAUGACGUUGACAUACGGUUCAUUUUGCAGCCAAAAUUUUUUUAGACAAGUGUAAAACAGGGGUUAAAGUUUUUGUAGUAAGGCCAAUAGUGUUUUCGAAAGAUACGUCACGCAAAUGUAGCGGAUAUGUACUUCCGUUUCUAACGUCUUCUAGAAAAUCUUGCGACAAAAUUAUAGUGGUCUUUAUUACAGCGGUAAUCUAGACAGGUAAUAAAAAAAAAGAAAUCGCAAUGACAACAAAAAAUCGCAAAAUUAUCAAAGAAUAAAAGGUAAAAAGCGAUCUUUAUAUCGAAUGUGUAAACGUUGUUUGCAGUUGUAUGUCCGUUUAAUUUCUCUCCUUUGGUGCUGUUCAUGCCGUUCUUUGCACUCUUAUUCAGUGCCGAUACAAGCGCUCAAUUAUACAUUUUCGUACACACGUCGUCCAAUUAGUCGAAAUAAUUCUGAAAAGGGUGCUCUGAAAUUCAGAAACUUUAUAACGAGCAUGUACCCUAGGAAAAUGCAUACAAAAGAAUAUCUGUCGUGAACAUUUUCCUUGCGUUCUGAAAUAUGAAGAGCAUGACAUUGUUACAACUUCGUAAUUCGCGUUCUCAGUUUUCAGUGAGUAAAUACAGCUUUGCAAGCUUUUAGCGUCUCAAACAUUUUCAAUAUUAAGAUCUCGCUUUUGUCACUGAAGAAUCAAAUAUGCUCACUAAUUCGUGUUGCUCAAAUAUAAUUAUCGCAUCGGCCGCGUCGCUCUAACUCCAAUAUAAAGAGAUUUCCAACCGGAGUUGGUCGGACUACAGGUAGUCCACUGUGAAAUUAUCAUGCACGAUAAUAUUAUUGAAUAUUGCUAACGUCAUAUAAACGCGUUCUUACUAAAAUAAUUUUAGCUUGGUGCUAUAAAGUAGAGAUUAGUUUGUAACGAACUAUAGCCGAAUAUAGACGAUGUUGUUUAAGUACAUUUGAUGAAUAAUAUCACUAAUAUUAUUACAUAAAUAUUCUAAUAUGAAUGUGCAUAUUUUAUUGACAUGUUAAAAAUACGCUUUCAGUGUAUAGAAUUCACUUAUGCACAUAGUUACGUACAAUGUUAAUAUAAAUAAACAAUAGCGAACAAAUUAAAUAUUUUAUUACGACAUAUAACCGAAUAAAUAGAACGUAAUAUAGUUAUAUAAAUAUUGUGCCAUUUUUAUCGAAUACUAACUAUUUCCCGCGGUUCACACGCGUCGAGAUCACUUCGCGCACUCGAAUAAAAUGUAACACAACCUAUCAAUCGAUAAAAUUGUUUUAAAAUGUUAGCGGCGCGAAGGGAAAUAGGGAUUCUGUUUUAUAUAAAUACGACAAAACUUAUAGAUCUGUUGAAACACAACUUCAUCGUACUUAGUUUGCCACACAUUUACGGAAAUCUGAGUUUAUAUGACCUAUUCCGGUCUAUAAAACUUGAGAGUUCAUAUCGAAAUUAUAUUCUAACUUUUAUAUUGCACUUUAUGUUUGCCUUAUUUACACGGAAGGAGGUUUCAUAUGUUGUUAGGUAUAUCAUUAUUGUAUAAUAUCUUGUAUUGCUUCAUUCAUUAUCUUCUAAGUCAUAGGUUUUGUGAUUAGAGUGGCUUUUUAAGAGUGGUCACAAGAGUGCUGUAGGUUCGUAAAUUAUGUGAAUAGUGGCGAAUUUGUAUUGCUAAAAUAUCACUGUUGAUAUAAGUCACUCGGUAAGAAAUUGACCUAAUUUUUAAUACCAGAUUGUUAGGAUAACGCAAGGGAGUCGAAGGAUAUAUCUAGGAUCGGAAAAUUCGGAAAAAUUGAAAUGUAGAAAGAUAGUCAAUGUUUGUUAUUGAGCGUUAUGGGUCCCGUUUAUUUCUUCUUUAAGCUUACGAUCUUUAAAAGCUUGUUACAGUCAUAGAAAAGCGAUACAAAUUAGCGAUUUAUUUCUGGUAUAUUCACCAAUACUUAUUUUUCCAUAGUUGAACGGUUUUGUAUCAAACAAUGCGAUUGGCUAAAAUGCUAAAAAUUGGAUUUGUAUGUGAUAUUCGCGGUAUAUCGUUGAGCUGUAUUCGCGUAUAGCUUGUAUACGGUUUCGCUUUUAUAUACUAAAAUUUGGACAAUACACAUAAAACCAUACUCGUAUGAAACAAAGUUUUAGUAAUGAAACUGGGGCCCAAGUUCACUGACAAUAUAAACGUCCGUUUUUCUUAAAACGAUUGAAACAUAUUUAAAACAGUUUUCUAUGAUCCAAUUAUUUUAAUUUUACUUUGCUAGGCUGUAAAAUACAAAAGUUGCUCGCGAAAUUGCAACACCCAAGAAAAAUCCAUCAUGGCGGUAAGGUGUAGGUAUACUAUACGUGCAGUUCGUCGUAAGCUGUCAUCAUGGUGAUUGAUUAAUGACGUUUGAAAUAUUUAUUUGCCUUAAUUAAUUGUCAAAUCGAUGGUUUACUAUAUUAUUUUUUUCACAAGCGAGUAUCUAAAUUAUCGAGACGCCAUACUGAAAGUCAAUAAAACUAAUCGAUAAAUAACAAGAAAAGUACGCAUUUUAGCAAUUUAUCGUUAUUUUUCCCGAAUUCCUCAGAUUUUUCGGGGUACUGUACAUAUAGUGGACCGGAUUUGAAUCAUCUUUGAAAAUUGAACGUGAAAAUUCAUAGUAAGCAAUGGUUUUAAGAAAACGGACGUUUAUGUUGUCGGUGAACUUGGGCCUUAAUAAACGAGCGCUGUUAAAAUUAAAUGUUUAUUUCGACAGUUUAUUUUUAUAUUGUUUCGACAAUAUUCUUAACUAGACUUGUUAAAGAAUUUCGUUUUAAAUCGUUUAAGAAUAUUAUUAUUGUGAUACAUGAUUUAGAAGAAGUUUCUUACAAUUAUUUCUAUCAAAAUUCUUCAUUAUCCUGGCAAAUAUACAGUUCCUAUUUGAUUGUUCUAAAUCGUGAAUUAUUCGAAGUACAGUCAUGAAUAUUGUUUUAUUUUCACUAUUCUUAUUUUAUCAUCAUCUGUAAAAUAAUAUUUUUUUACGCUUUACGAUUUAGGACUCUGGCCUACCGAAACCUAGUCAUGAACAUUAGCAUCUGAAAUAACUAUAUACGAAUAACUACUAACAACAAAAUCCUAAAUAUAUUAUUAUAUUACACACGCUUUAGUUUGUUUAGAUAACUCAGUAACACUUCGACAUAAUUUUUUUCUCACAAUAGCCUUAUUAUUUGAGUCGUGUUUUCAUAAAAUUCAAAAGCAAUAAAUAAGCAAUAAUACUAAAUAUAGUAUUGGUGAUAAGCAUUAGUGUAAAAUAAAAUAAGUAAAUAAAAUAGAAUUCUAGGUUUCCAUUGAUCUGCUCCUGAUGUGGACGUAACCAAUUUCAUUUUCAAUACACACACACACUCACUCACAAGCACACUCACACACAUGCCAGUUACCCGAUCACAAAGCAUAGCUUCUGAGUAUCACCCGACCCAUUAAUUGAGCGUACAUUUCUAAAAUCAUUUGUACAUUUGUAAAUUACUGUUCAAUUCAUCGGCCAAUAAAUAGUUCAAUUAAGCAGAUCAAAGCCUAGUCAAUAAAUAUCAAUGAUAGCCUGAUGCAGCAGUUGUAAAUCCUACACCUAUAAAAUUAUGAACACACGAAUCAAAUAAAUAAAUUCAGUCGAAUCGCGAACGUAUUUUAUGUAACCGUUUCGAAAUGGUCGAUGAUUAGCAUCGAUUUAGUUUGCGCUUAAAAUGUAAACAUUUUUAGCGUUCCACUUGUGUACCAUUACAAUUAAAUAAGGUUUUUAGUCCACAGUAAUAUUACUUUGUAGUCUGAAAAAAUAUCUCAUUAAUAUUAGUAGUGGAGUCAUGCAAAAGAAAAAGUCAGCAUAGAGAUGUGAACAAAUGAUACUCCAUAUUUUUUUAGGCGAGGAAAAUGGUGACAGUUAAAUACACUUUUCAAUUAAAUUAGUUAAAAGUUUCAAAAUAUAUAAAUAGAACUUUGUCUAUAAUUUUGUGGCGCUAAAAAAUCUUAGGCCUCUCCAACUGCAUGCCACUGAGAUCUAUGAUCUGAGGCUAUGUCGAUGACCUUGGUUCUCUGACGGAUUACCUCAUUUCUGAUGCGAUCCCUCAGAGAAACGCCGAGCAUAGAUCUUUCCACAGCCCGCUGAGCGACUUUAAACUUGGAGAGGCCUAUGUCCAGCAGUGGACUGCGAUAGGCUGAUGAUGAAUGAUAAUGAAAAAAAUCUUAGCCUUAAAUUACAAGUUUUAUUUUAAAAGACGUUUCGCGUCGCGCGAAAUGUCCCUGACUGAAACACAACUCCAUGUUUUUACCUAAAGUCACAUAAUAACCGCUCCUAAUAAUUGUACAUUUCCAUAGAGAUCAUAGAAUCACUUACGUCAAACUUAGUUCCAAAGAGGAUUUAAAACAUCGCGAAGUUUGUUGAUUGUUUGUGUAAGUAGUUCGCUCUGGUUCCAUCAUCUGUAAGUAGGUCACCGUCUCCCUCUCUAUGUACCGCACUGGCGCCUGCAUCACAUAUAUAUGCCGUUGCAACGUGCACUGACUCGGAACAAGGUGCAUCCUACCUAUAAACUCGUUACCAAUCAAUUUCACUAUACUCCAUAAUAAAAUACAUAAAUGGGUCGUAUUAAAAAAAAAAACUGUAAGUAACAUAUAUGAAACAGAUAGGAAACUAUAUUAUUUUAACAGAAAGUAACAAAGAUGAAUUAUUAGGGCCAGUGUAUAACGACAUUAUGCUGAAACAAAUACAUAUUCUGUUUUUCAGAGCAAUAGCCAGUAGUUAUUCUUUAAUAAAGAAUAACUCUGUGGGACGCUUCAAUAUAUCUACUUACAUUUUUUUUAAUAUGACCCAAAUGUAAAGUUAUAUAUUCGUUUUAAAUUCCAUACAUUCGCGCUCAGCAAAGCAAGAAUCGACCGUUGACUAUCCUUCGAAUAUUAACGCAAGCAACAUAUUUUUCGUUUUUUUUUCAUUAUAUUACCAAAGCUACGUAAAUCUAUCUUUUUUAUAUUGUAGUUUAAGUAUACUUAGUUAUAGUGAGGCUAUGAUAUUUGACUGAUACUGAAAAUGUUAUACCAUUUUUCUCUGUCAUACUGUAUUUUAUAAUGUAAUAAUUAUGAAGACGGUAGAGGAGGUAAACAUGUAUCUACCUACCUUCUUUAUAAUUAAAGCGUGAUUGUUUUAUGUGCUGAUGUUAUCUGAUUAUAUGUUGCUUAAGUUGCACUAUAUUCAUUAUUUUAAAAUAUUCAUUAUUGUUAUCCUAUAAUUAUACUACAAUCUCUUAUACUACUAUUGAUUUUUCAACUCGAGGAUCGAAUAUCAUUGUAUUUAAGCUUUGUACGACAUUAUUCUUAAGUGUAUUUAAUAGCACCUGUGUGCUCUUGUGUUCAAUAAAAAAAUCCAACUUAA